AUGGGCCUACGCAACAUGUUGUGGGACGAAUGGAUAGAACUCGACAACGAAUUCCUGUCUUACCACUCCCUCAAAGCGGCCAGGAUAGCUGAGAGAGGGGACAAAUGCGUUAAGACGGCUCCUGAAGCGAUGGGUGCGGCGAGGGAGUUGCUGGAGGAAUUAGUUGAUUACUUGCCACAGCGGUAUCCAACAUUGUUCCAAAAGAUGGAGAUAGGGCAGGGCAAGGGUAUGAGAAAUUUAGCGACGGGCGAGGUCUUCGAUGGGGCAAUGUGUGAGCGGAAUGGGGAAAAGGAGGAUCCGAUGGAGAUGUGUGCUAGGAUGAUUCAGGAUGAUCUUGCCAUCAUGGUUGAAAAAGAGGAUGGCCAGUACUACCUCCUAGCUGGUGCCAUCCUGCUCGCAGGAUUCUGGAGGUUGGAGGAUAACUUCAAGGAAAAGCUGGAAAAACCUAUGACCAACUUCUUCCGUAGGAUACAACCCCAAUCCCCCGUUCUCCGGAACAACUACUUCAUCCAAGUCGACGAUAAACUUGCGUGGAGCGAGAGUAUAGGGAGUGAAGAUGCGAAAGGAGAAGGGGGAAUAGGAUGGUUUACGGCAGAGAAGAAUAAAGCGGUUGAACAUCAUUGGUUCAGGAGUGAGAGGCAGAGUUUAUGGAGUCGAGUCGUCGCUGGCCAUGCUUCGUCCACGUACUCGCUGACGCCGGCAAACCUCGUCGAAUUGCUGCGCGCUGAACUAUGGGGGAGGAUGGCCCUAUCGGCAAUGCAACAGAAUGUCUUCCCUGCGCCGGGCUCCCCUGCCGAAGGGAAACGCGAUAUUUUGCCCGGGGCUGGUGUAGUUACGGCAAAACGGCGCGCUGAUGACACGCGCCGCCUGCGAAGAGUGAAGGACUCGAGGGAGCAGCUCAAGAGCAGGACGAGGGCACGCGGUACCAGCAACGCCACCAUCGACACGACGACGAGCAACUCGACCUCAGCCGGACGCAGCUACACGGUUGCGAAUGUCCAUAACGGUGUCAUAUACUUGAGACCUGUCGCCCGUCCUGGUAACCAACGAGGCCGUCAACCGGAUCCCUUCGUCUUUCCGCCCCAGACGCCGCCCGACAGCGCAACCCUCGACAAGCUUCGCCCAACCAGCAAUGAGUGGGAACAGAGUGUGUAUGGCUCGAGAACACCUCAUUCUGAACCUACACCACCGCUACCAGACCUAAAUGGGGGCAAUGCCUUCCAGCAGCAAUCCCAAGCAGAUCCCACUUCUGGACGACUCGCACAUGUGCGCUCGCAUUCAUUCUCCACCGUCGACGACCACACUGCCACCACGCUCAGCCACGAGCCGGGCACCUUCAAAGUUGUAAUCGAAAGACCCUCGCAUAUGCGACCUAAGACGGCAGACACCUUGUCAUUCCCGCUGUUGCAGGUCCCCAUCCCGCAUUACCGCUUGGGCACUCCGCGUUUCAGUACACGAGGGACCGCAGACCUGCGCAGUUCAGUCUACACCCGAACCUCAGGCGCCGAGGACUUUGCAAAUUCGCUCCUGACGCCACAGCGAGGGGUGCGGCAGUCGUUCCUGUCGUCGCGCCCGCGUUCAGACGCCUAUUCGCCCGUCCCCCACCGCUUCCGCGCCACCAUGGACCGCCCGCCUAUGCCCCCCUCAGGCCCCUCUUCAGCUCGUGUCUCGCACAUGCCUAUCAGUCCCCGACUCUACGAUGCCCUCACUACCAACCCCGACGAUCGCGCCGUCGUGCGCUUCAACGCCGAGGGCGAGAUUCUUGCAGCCACUCCUUCACGGCUUGUUGCGCAUAUAACUUCUCCAAGCUUCCUGGAUUAUGAACUUCUGUCCGACUUCUUUCUUACCUUCCGCGCCUUUCUGUGUACCCGAGACCUUGUCGCAUACCUCAUCUCUCGACUACGAUGGGCCGUCGACCGCCAAGACGACUUUGGGCGCAUCGUUCGUGUACGCACUUUCGUGGCCCUUCGCCAUUGGAUCCUGAACUACUUCGUCGACGACUUCAUGCCAUUUUACUCCCUACGAACUAAUUUCUGCGACCUUGUGAACAGCCUGUACAGCGAUCUCCGGGCCCGAGAAGAUGGAGGUGGGGGUGACAUUAAGAUUGUUGGGGAACUGAAGAAGUGCUGGAGGCGGACGUGUGCGCUAUACUGGGAGACUGAAGAUGUUAUCGGUCAGAACUUUGCUGACGACGAGCUGCUCCCAGGAGGAUACGAUGGCUCACAGGCGGCUUACGAGGAGCCCCCUCCGCUUGUUCCAGUACCCAGCACCCCUCCACGAACCAACGUCCGGGACACCAAGGAAACUAUCGGCUCAAAUCCAAGUGAUCACUUUGCUAGUCGGCAUAUGGACUGGGCGCAGAGAGCACGACAUACGCCUCAAAACUCCAUGAGCUCACCCUACAUACCAUCGCAAGAAUUCGAAACUGCGCCCGCGCAGAUACCCCUAUCGCCCGCCAGUGAGCAGAGUAUGCACGUUCUGUCAUGUUCUAUACCUAUGCGAGGUCUGAACAAACACGAUCAGGCCGUCGAGCUCCCCUUAUAUCCACAUCCAGUGCCGGUUGCCAACCCAGCCCCCACUGGUACUGCUCGCUUGACAGCUAGUCCACAACAGCCAGCGUCCAUCAAGAACGUCCACCGCCCAUCACAUGGUCACAAGCGUAGUGGGAGCUUUUCAGACGCUCUUAGAGAUAGCAGAGCCCCGCUAUCUAUUCCCAAGAACGCACCCGCAGACUAUGCCAUGUCCGCUGUCACGAAUAUGCCUGGCACGCUAGUACGCGGUGGACUCUUCCAACCCAGUUCCCCAUAUUUCGAAGUCAAAGCUAUACGUCCUUUGCGGUCUCAGUACCUACAAGAGAUCGAAGAUGCUGAAGCAAAUGAGUUCCAAAGACCAGGACAUGCUACCUCCCCAGGAAUGAAGAAGAUAUUCGGCAGUGUACGUCGCGCACUAAGCACACGGCAGCCAUUGAGCCCAAGCCCCCAAUUAGGUAGUGUUAGCCAACAGCGCCAGCCACCAUACAUGCGAGCCUCCAACCCAGGUGCAAUGUCCACAGUCUCAAUUUCAGGAGGUGUACACAAACGACGUCCUGCUCGGCCAAGACCCCAGGUGCGUAUUGAUGUUCUGGCUGCUACAGUCGCGGAGAGCUUUCGAGCUGCAGUCCAGGAGCAGCUUGAAAAUGAGAGUCAAGAACACCAUGGUCUCGAGCCUCCUGACCUUGGUGGAUUCGAGUUUGAGUUCGAUAGGCGUGGCACACCAAACCCGAACGAACACCAGAGAGGACCCGAUCCCCGCGUACAUAGCGCCAUUACUAGUGGCAGCAAAUCGAUAGUGAUUAUUGACGAUACUGGACCACCGCCCUUACCCGUCAUGUCGGAUACCCUAGCACCCGAUCUCGAGAAGGAGGCGAUAAAGUUGGACAGCCAUCAACAGGGGGACUCGAUUCACGAAUAUUCAGCUGGGGAAGCCGCUUCUUCAGUACACAACUCUGAUCUCUACGACGAUCCAGAGCCUGCCUCAGCACCACAAGAGCAGCGCGACUCGCGUAUGUCGACCCGGCGGCCUCCAACGAGACAAAGGAGAUCCAUCUCUGCAGGUCCAGAAAGGAUGCAUUCCUUCCGGCGCCGGGGCUCUACCAAGACGUCCUUGGCGCGUGCAGGUUCUCUCCGUCGACACGCAUCUUAUAACAGCGUGCUUAGCAGACAUCAAGGACCUGCGAGUAUUGCGACGUUCCAAACUAUGUCGUCAGAUAACGAUCCCUUUUUUCUCGAACGUCAGGCGGCACCUGAAGCUAGCGGGCCAGCACGUCAGCUACGUAGACGACCAGGUGGUGACCUCCGCGCUGCAGGUAACGUCCACGAUCUCGAAAUUUCGCAACGCCCACACUCCACUGGCUCAGUCUCUAACCGCACACAUUCGGUCACAAACUCGGUCAUCCUACGGUCCGAUCGUUUUAUCGAGUCGGACGCAGAAAUCCACCGUGUUGUGGAGGGACCAGCUGAAGCUGAAGUUCCAAAGAAGCCAAUUUCAUUAGUAGACACACACUCUUCGCAGCCCAACCUUAGACCUUCCUUCGAAGCUGAAGUAGCAAAACUUGCUGCUCUCCCUGACGAUACAGACGACGAGGGUGGUGUCGAGUCAGCUCUAAUGAAACUAGAAGGGCGCUAUGAGAAGAAAUCGCCUAGCAUUCCCUCCCAACGGACUACGGUUGACUUGGAUUACUAUCGCCCAACUGGAGCUUCUGAGCAAAACACCCGACCUGAUACUUAUGAACAGGAUGUUGAGCAACAUGAGCGUUCCGGAACUGAUGACGUUUUCCACCGUCCACUGGCUCCUCCAGAAGCGGACGGGCAGGGCAUGUAUCGCCUGUCUGCUGAGAACUUCAACCGCCACGUACCCGCGGUUCAGUCUGUUGGUGAGUCAACCGACUCUUACUCCUCAACACCUCUUCUCGACCGAGGCUUGAGCGAAAUUGCAACUCCUCAGCGAGGGCAUACGCUUGAAACUAUGAGGUCUUCCGCCAAGCCAUCGCCUCUGCAAUUUGCUAGCGUCUCGCCCCAGUCUGGUCGUGCCCCAGGAACAUCUUCGUCGAUGGAUUCAUCUAUUGACUAUGUGGUUGAAACAGACAGCAUGAAGCAGAUACCACCAGGUGGGACUUUGCCGACGACCUCAUACCCGCGCGAAUCGUUCCUGCUUGAUGAAGACGAAGAUCUUAGCGACAUGGGUUCCGCAGAUGGAGCCAAGUCUGGCCAUACUAGCCACGGUGUGAGGAGCUUCUUCGAUGACGAACCAGCAACACCUGAGGGGGACCCCGACAAUCUACCAACGCAUCCCAUGCGUCACCCUCCAACACCACCACUUACCGGAAACCGAUUGAAUGAUGCCUUGCCCAGCUCGACAGUCUUCGACAGAGGUCUGCCUACACCAGGUCUUACCCCAACCGUCUCUCGAGCGAACCCACAACCCGGGCAUCUUGCCGACUCUCCCGCUGACCUCGAAGGCCCCCGGCAAGAUGCAUCCCCGACCCGAACCGCACAUUUGCCGUUCGUCUUGGCUUAUGACUCCGAAGUCCUUGCCCAACAAUUUACCAUUGUCGAAAAGGACGCACUAGACGAGAUCGACUGGAAAGAGCUUAUCGAGUUGCGCUGGAAGCAGUCCUCCCCACAGAUUCGCGACUGGGUACAAUACCUCCGAACAGAAGAGGCCAGAGGCGUAGAUGUCGUCAUCGCGCGAUUCAACCUUGUCGUCAAAUGGGUUGUAUCUGAGGUCUUGCUUACGGAGGACAUUCAUGAACGUGCGCGAUGCAUCACAAAGUUUAUCCACAUCGCAACCCAUGCGCGACGAUACCGCAACUACGCCACAAUGUACCAGAUCGCGAUAGCCUUGAUAUCGAACGAUGUAUCGAGUCUCAAGAAGACAUGGGCAUUAGUUCCCGCGGCCGAAAUGCUGGUCAUGACAGAGUUGGAGGCACUUGUUCAGCCAUUGAAGAAUUUCCACAACCUGCGGCUUGAAAUGGAGACAGCCACUGUCGAUGAUGGUUGUAUUCCAUUCAUUGGUGUUUACACCCGCGACCUCAUCUACAACGCUCAAAAGCCUGCCUUCAUUGAUGCCCCACCAGUCGACGGCGAACGACUUGUAAACUUUGACCGACACCACACGGCCGCCACCAUCGUUAAGAAUCUACUCCGACUGCUCGAAGCCAGCUCCAAAUACAACUUUAACGUCGAACCACACAUACUCAGCAAAUGUCUCUGGCUAGCCGCCCUCAGUGACGAGGACAUCACACGGCGCAGCCGCCAAUCUCCACGAGCCUUUACUACGUCCACGUACCCGUCUAUCGAACGCGAACAAUCACGCACAAGGCCACAUGAACCCCACAAGGGCCCGUUUGGCCACCGUCGCAAGCAUAGUCCGAAUCUCGAAUGGCGGGAACCCUGGACGAAGGAUAGCUGGUCACAAGGGCGCGUGCUGCUUAUCGACUAUGUCGCAAAGGAACACUCGACGGAGGGCAGGCGGAAGAUUAUGGCACAGGAAUUCUGCGACAUUGACAGUUUGCGCCGUUUCUACCGCAAAGAAGACCUCUCGGCGCAAGCAGCAUUGCGUGUGAUACACGUGCAAAACGCGAGCUGGGCAACGCGCUACCUCCUCCGCAAGUUCAACAUUGACGCUACAGAUGAUCUAGUAGGCACAAACUUCGGCCGCUGGGCCAGCUACGAGAAACCUCAACAACGCGGCGGCAAACCCGUUCUCAAUGGCCGUACAUUCCGCGCUCAACGCGACCCCUGGCGUGGCAUCUCGCGCGCAGCCUUCGGAGCCGAUUACCUCAAAUCCUACGAAAGAGGCACUCGUAUUCCACGACCAAACAACAACAAGUCCAUCAUGGAGCUCAACCACUACGACGAGACGGAUCAGCCACGAUACGGACAUGACGUCUACGUACAACGAUUAAGCGUAUACGUGCAGCUUAGCGACGGCACACCAGGCCAAGCCGUCGACCCCGACAUACCAAACCCAUAUGACGAGGAAGCAUGGGAAGAGUACAUGCGGUUGAAGAAGAGUUACGGCAAUGUAGAUGCCAAUGAACACCAGGAACGAUACAUACCAAAGCUUCGCUCCCUUGACAACGGAAAUACGAUCAUCCUGUUUGAGAACUCAGUCACUGGCUCAGUCAAAGAUACCCUUAUUGGUGCUAGACAAGAGCUUGAGUCCCGUUGGAGACGUCUGUCGUUCUACUUGCCCAUGGAGGAAAACGACGAGACGUUGACAGCGGAGUGUAUGGAUUUUAUCCUUCAAGAUGUUUUCAAGGCGUUGAGCUAUAAUUGGCAAAAGUUCCUAGCUCUUUGCGAAACGCAUGUAGGGAUUCUUGAAGAUAAGAUCUACGAAAACCCCGCCGACGAAUCCCGUGCCCCCGAGCUCUGGAAAAACAGCGCGCAAUGGCUCAAAAUUGAACGCCUCAUCUACAUCCACGUCGACGUCAUCAAGGAAAUGGUUACGCAUCUUCAUGAUCUCGCUGGCGCUGAUCCAAAGGAAUCCUCAGACCAGCCUUGGUUAGGCUCCGUGCCAGACGAACUGGAUAAACUGACUGGGCAAUGGGAAAGAGAUGUUAUUCUGCCCACGACCGCUCUAUCAGACCUCAUGUAUAAGAGUGUGGGUAUUAGGGAUGCUAGACACUCUUUGCAAUUAGGCUUGAGUAUGUGGCGAUUGAGUUGGAUCACGUUCAUUUUCCUACCCCUAACCUUCACCGUUGGUUUCUUCGGCAUGAACGUAUCCACGUUUGCUGAAAACCCACCCCUGAAAUGGUGGUUCAUAGUUUCCAUCCCCGUCCUUGCUGUCGUCCUCAUCCUCUGGUACGCCGUCAAACAUAACCUUGCGACCCAACGUCAGAACCCCAUGCGUCGAGGUGUCUAUGAAGCGCUGUACCAUGAACUGGCUACUACGCAACCGUCGCUGUGGAGUAGAAGUGGUCCGCGCGACGAUGUCGUACCCGUGGGGUGGUGGGCAGGUCUUAAAUGGCAGCUCAUUACACGGUGGUUUGGCGAGGACAAAGUCAAGCUAGGGAAGACCGUGGAUGGCGUUGAAGAUUUCGGGGUCAUAGGCCGGGUCAAGAGGGCGUUGGUGAGGAGAUGGUUGGGCGAGUUGGCUGUUAUGCCGCUUCCGCAACAGUCUUCAUCUUCGUCGUCCGGGAAGCCGGGCGACUCUGACGAACGGUCGAGUAGCAGGAGUUCGGUUCGAAGUGAAGUGCAGUCUUUUACUAUCCAGCCUUUUGACGGUAAGGAGAGGGGUGCUGUGGCGGAGUUGGCAAGGGUUGCGACGCCGGUUGCGCUGGCGGAUGCGGAUCCUACGGCUGCUAGUCGGUUGCAGAGGGGUGGGAGGGGAGAGAGGAUGGGUAGUUUGAGUCCACAGGGGAGGAGGGGGAGUGCGGCGAGUAGCGAUGGUGGAGGGGUUAUGGUUGAAGAGAAGGGGGAAGUGGGGAUGAGCGCGAGUCUAGAUCGAGUGAUGGGCGGGGAAGAAAGGAGAGAACGUUGA